CCGCCCCGCGGCGGCGGCGGCGCGAGGAUGAGCGGGCGGCGGGUGGACGCGAAGGUUGUGCUGCUGGGGCAGGAGGGGGUGGGCAAGAGCAGCCUGGUGGAGCGCUGCGCACACGGACGCUUCCGACCCGGGCCCUACCAGAACACCAUCGGUGCCGCCUUUGUGGCCAAGGUGUUGACCGUGGGGGACCAGACCGUGACCCUCGGUAUCUGGGACACCGCCGGUUCGGAGCGCUACGAGGCCAUGAGCCGCAUCUACUACCGCGGGGCGCGGGCCGCCGUCGUCUGCUACGACCUCACCGACAGCAGCAGUUUCCAGCGGGCCAAGUUCUGGGUGAACGAGCUGCAGAACUGUGAGGAGGGCUGCCGGAUCUACCUGUGUGGCACCAAGAGUGACCUGCUGGAGGAGGACAGGAGGAAGCGGGGAGUUGACUUCCACGAUGUGCAGGACUAUGCGGAUGAAAUCAAGGCAGAGCUCUUUGAGACCUCCAGUAAGACAGGCCAGAGUGUGGAUGAGCUGUUCCAGAAGGUGGCCGAGGACUACAUCAACUUCACUGCCUUCCAAGUGAUGACUGAGGAGAAGGGUGUUGACCUGGGCCAGAGGAGUGGCGCCUACUUCUACAGCUGCUGUCACCACUGAGAUCUUCUGCCAAAAGGGAACCACUGCUGCGGACUGGGCAGCCGGUGCAUGCCAGACUCCUCUGGUGUUUUUACUUGCUGUGUUUUAGCUGUUGGGGCAGUACGUGCAACACUGCAGCAGCACAUUGCCCAGUGGACUGCUCCCUUCCCGUGUGUGGAGUAGCAGAGCACUGCUGGGUGGUACCAGGAGCCUCCUGUGGCACCGGGAGCCGUGGGCUGUUGCCCCUUGGGGACCCUUUCUGCCACCCAGGGUUUGUGGGAGCUGCUCUGGCGAGUCACUGCUGUGGCCCAGCUGCAGCUGUAACUUAUUCUCUUGGAGAUGCUGCCUGCUUCUGUUGCAGAUUAAUUUAAGCAUCUUCUUGCGGGUUGUACAAUGUAAAUAAAACGCAUUGUGGUCCGA